CAUCAUCGUCCUCUGCAUUGAGUGUAGCUACUACACGACAGGGACAGGAAAGCAUCCGGCGCCUGCACACCUGGUAUCAAUCUGCCUUUUUUCUGUAUAUCGGGGACGUCGUCCGCCCUAGGGAAUUGUGCAGAGUCCACUCAUCAUGGCUAUCUCAGUCUUCCCGGUCCUUGCACUGGCAGCCCUUACGCUCUUAUCUUUCUACAAAUUCAUCAUACACCCCUUGUUCUUCCAUCCCCUGCGCCACAUCCCGCCGGCUCAUCCGUCAAUUCCCAUCUUCGGCGACCUUUGGAUCACAUACCAACGCUACCGCGAACGCAACAAUGCUGUCACAUACGCUGCGCAUCGGAAACAUGGUGAUGUUGUCCGCAUGGGGUCGAAUGAGCUCAGCAUCAACUGUGUGGACAACGGCAUCCGAACUAUCUACGCUGGUGGUUGGGAGAAGCACGCUUGGUAUCCUCAGCGCUUUGGGAGCUAUGGGGUCAUUAACAUGUUCUCGACGAUCCAUCAUACACCUCACUCCCAGAAGAAGCGCACAAUGGCAAACAUUUACUCCAAGUCGCAUAUAGCCGCUUCGCCACAUGUCGCCGCCAACUCGCACGUACUUUUCUCAACUCGUUUCCUACCGCUGCUUCAGAGUCUUUCCGACAAUUCUCAAGCCACGGACGUGCAUGAUAUGAACAAUGCUUUUGCCAUGGACUUUAUGUCUGCAUAUCAGUUUGGCCUACAGGCAAGUACCGAUUUUACUAAAGAUAUUGCGACAAGGCGAAGGAUUAUGCAUGAGUACCACUGCCGACGAGAUUAUGAGUUUUUCUCUGCCGAGAUACCAUGGAUUAAGAGCAUCAGCAACAGGCUCGGAUUUCCAGUCGUACCGAAGUUCGUGGACGACGCCAACCAGUAUCUCGAAGACUGGAACGCCAGAAUGUGUCGUGCUGCGGACAAAUACCUCUCCAGCGCGGCUGAGAUUGCUUCUCCCUAUCCAGGAGACGAGCCGGUGGUGUAUAAGCAAUUCAAGAGUGGGAUUAGUGCAUUGCGUGAGAAGGAUCCAAUGGCGGGGAAGGCUAUGUCUAAUGUUCUGCUCCCUUCUGUUCGACACGAAAGCCUCCAGCAAGCCGACGACGACACGACCACUGCGGAGAUCUACAGCGAGAUGCUGGAUCAACUUGGUGCUGGGCACGAGACGUCUGCCAUUGCUCUGACCUACCUGUAUUGGGAGCUGUGCAAGAAUCCAGAGCUCCAGAGGCAACUCCAAAGGGAACUGCAGACUCUUACACCGGCCAUUAAGUGGCCGAUGCCAGCAGAUUCUGAUGUGAAGGACUUCAAGCUACCCGACCCCAAGCAGAUCGACGCGCUGCCGUUGCUCCAGGCUAUAUUCAUGGAGACCUUACGCCUACAUACCCCGAUCCCAGGAAUUGAACCACGUAUUUCUCCCUAUGUUCCCGGUGGCAAUACCCUUGGAGACUACUCAGGUAUCCCAGGAGGUGUGCGUGUAUCGGCCAUGCCAUAUGGUCUGCACCGUAACGCGGCUGUUUUUCCCGAGCCCGAGACUUUCAACCCAUCACGCUGGCUACCUUCGUACACCUCCCCGGACCAUUUGAAGGAAAUGCAUCGAUGGUUCUGGGCAUUUGGGUCUGGCGGGCGUAUGUGCAUUGGCAGUCAUUUAGCGACGCAGGAGAUCAAGUUGCUUGUUGCGGCCAUCUAUUCGAACUGGACCACGGAGAUUGUCGACGAUGAAGGGAUCGAAGAGAUUGAUGCUUACACAACCAAACCCAAGAGCAAUAGGUUGAUUCUGCAAUUCAGGCAUAACUAAUGCAGACAUUUGGUGUUUCAGGUGAGUACGACUUGCGCUGCUCGUAGCACCUGUGCCGGGGACUUUGUCUGUACUACCUUACCUUAUGUA